CGUAUUCAAUCUGAGAGACUUGACGUUUCCUUUCUGUACACAGUAGCUAGCAACAGCGCACAUCUUGAUGCGAUACAUCUCUUAUUGAAAUACUGUAAUUGUCGUUCUUCUCGUACUAUUUAAAGAUGAAUACGGUUCUGUCGCGGGCUAACUCUUUGUUCGCCUUCUCCCUGAGCGUCAUGGCGGCCUUAACUUUUGGCUGUUUCGUCACGACAGCGUUCAAAGACAGAAGAGUUCCUGCUGACAUCCACGUCUCUAAAGUCAUGCUGAAGAAUGUUGACGACUUCACAGGACCCAGAGAGCGCAGUGAUCUGGGUUUCCUCACCUUUGACCUCUCAGCUGAUUUGCAGCCAGUUUUUGACUGGAACGUUAAACAGCUGUUUCUCUAUCUGUCUGCUGAGUACAGCACAAAGAGCAAUUCUCUGAACCAGGUGGUGCUGUGGGAUAAGAUCAUCCUUCGGGGUGAAAACACCAAACUGAACCUCAGAGACAUGAAGUCCAAAUACUUCUUCUUCGAUGACGGGAAUGGACUCAGGGCCAAUAAGAACAUCACGCUAACUUUGUCAUGGAACGUUGUUCCCAACGCUGGAAUCCUGCCUCUGGUGGCUGGAAGUGGACAAGUCAGCCUCCCUUUCCCAGAUGCAUAUGAGACCACCAAGACCUAUUAGACAGAAACACACACCCAGCCAGUUUCAACACACACACACACACACACACACACACACACGUUUCUUCAUAGCCCUAACCCUAAAUUAAUUUUUGGUUUGUAAUAAAAAAGUUGAGAUUGGAAUAUCA